CACAGGUGUCUUCAGAGAGACAGAAACGGUGUGUAUUGAAUCAACAAUCUACAGCAUCUUGAUCCACGGAGCCACCAUGAAGUCCCAGUUGUUCUCUCUGCUGCUGCUGUGUGUGCUGUGUGUAAGGGAGGUUCGAUUGGAGGAUGCUGCGACUGUGAGAGCUGUGCGGCUCUGUGGACGGGAGUUCCUGAGGGCCGUGGUGUACACCUGUGGAGGGUCAAGGUGGAGAAGGCUUCCAGUAGAGGACAUAAAUGGAAGGGUGGACCAGAAUGGUCUGAAACCAUGGGGGGCUGAGCCUGUGAUGGACCAGAGACGACGAGACUUGAACGAAGCCCUGACCACCGUGUGCUGUCAACUGGGCUGUCGGAAGAGCGACCUUACAAUCAUGUGCUAGGGGCCAAUGCGCAGGCAUUGGCGACUUGGCGUUAAUGUUUGUUGGAAAAUAGUCCUUAUUCAAUAUAGUUGUUUGGCUUCAAUGGAUGUCAGCUAAAGAUAUCAUUACUUCCAAUUACUUUCAUUUACUUUUAUCAUGACUUUCAAUUAAAUUCCCCCAUUGAUCUUAUCAGCAAUAAAAACUGGACUUGUAACCAUU